GACAGUUGCAAAGACUUAUCCUCAGUCUCCUAAAAACGCCAAACAAUAUCCAGCUUCUCCUGUGAAGCAUCGUGCUACUUCUAAUCUCAACCAGGAAACUCCUAAAAAGAAAGCAGAAAAGGAGAAAGAAAAUGUCAGUCAUCAAAAAUCCCCAGGAGCACGCACUGAUGAGGCAGGCCAGGUGGCUUCUGAGAAGCAUGUGGCUUCUGAGAAGCAUGUGGCUUCCGCAGGAAAGACUGAAAAUAGUGAAGGGAAGAUCACGGCAGGAACAACUGAUGCAGAAGAAGCCUCAAAAAUUCUAGCUGAAAAAAGACGACAGGCCCGCCUGCAAAAAGAACAAGAGGAAAGGGAGAGACAGGAAAGAGAAGAACAGGAGAGGCUUGAAAGAGAAGAACAGAAAAGAAAGGCAGAAGAAGAAAGACUUCGUCUAGAGGAAGAGGCUCGUAAGAAGGAGGAGGAAAGAAAACAUGAAGAAGAAGCAGCUAGAAAAAAGGCCGAAGAGGAAGCCAGGAGAAGAGCUGAGGAAGAACAAAUGCUAAAAGAAAAGCAAGAAAAAGAGCUCCAAGCCAAACUUGAGAAACAGAGGGAAGAAGCAGAAAUCAAAGCCCGUGAGGCAGCUGAACAACUUCGUCUUGAAAGGGAACAAAUCAUGCAGCAAAUUGAGCAAGAAAGACUGGAGCGGAAGAAGAGAAUAGAUGAAAUAAUGAAGAGAACAAGGAGAAGUGAAACACCAGAAAUAAAGAAGGAAGAGCCAAAACUGGAGGUACCAUCAACUUUGAAUGUGGAAAAGCAACCAAAGGCCCUUGUUCUCAACCAGCCAGAGAUCAAUGGGUUGGCAACCUGCCUGAAAAAUAAAAGCUUAGAGAGUGCUGCCUCUGUAAUCCCUUCUCAAGAUGUAGUUGCUAAUAGACUAAAGUCAGUUCCAGGACUUAUUCAGCUGGAAACUGUUGAUGGGAAAUCUAACAGCAUGGAAGAUUCGACAGAUGAGGUUCAGUCCAUGGAUGUGAGCCCAGCUUCAAAAGAAGAACUUAUCUCUAUCCCCGAAUAUUCACCCAUGAAUGAACUCAUGCCUGGUGUUUCUUUGGACCAAAAUGGGACAAGUAAUGCCAAGGCUCUUGAAGAUCUCUUGGAUUUCACAGGCCAAGCUACGUACUCCAAGAUGUCCAGUGAUACCAUUAGCCUAGAUGACUGUAACAAAAACUUGAUUGAGGGAUUUAACAGUCCAGGACAGGAAAAUACACUUAAUUCUAUCUGUUGACAACCUCGCUUUUCAGCAGAACAGAUAAAGAGGUAGCAGUUUGUUAAGGAUAUCCCUGUGAUGCUACUGGCAGUAAAAUAUGAGCUUGUCACUUGAAAAAGCUUCUGCAGACCUUGAACACUGGAUUUCAAAUAAUCAGAGCUGAAUAUAACUUUGUCUUCCGAAGGAAUAUGUUGAAUAACUGGCUGCUUUUGGUAGAAACCAAUGAACUAGAGCCUUGACGAUUUCAGGGAAGACUGAGUGUGCAUUAGAAUUUGAGCUUUAGCUGCUAAUAAAGCACUUAUUUCUUCUUUUAAUUUAAAAUUCAUCUCAACACUUCAUUGUGAUUUUUAUCAAUGCAUUUUAUUUUCAAAUAAUUCUUCCUUAAGCUUUAUCAUACAUCCGUGUAGACAUCUUUUUCUUGUAAAUAAUGAUGAGGUUUGCCCACAGUGCAUUGAAAUGAAAUAAUAUACUGUACUUUAGUUUUGUGCCUAUCUUUUUUUGUUUUUAAUAAGGAGUUAUUGGCAACUUGUAUGCAGGUAUAUAAUUCAAAACUAUAGCUGAAGAGGCUUGAAAAA